GACGUUCUGCGCAUGCUCACGACGAGCCAGAGAGCUGCAAGGAAAAAGUACAAGAGACAAAGGAAUAAACAAGUCAAGGAGUGGAGGUGAAAACAUAAAUUUAGAGAAACUUAGAGAAAAGCUGCCCUGACUCUAAUAUAUCGCAUGAAGACAGAGGGAUAUUAUUAUUGUGGCAGUUGUCCAACCUGCCAGGAUUCUGCAGUGCUGACCCAUUUACUCCCAUUCAGCUGUGCACGUUAUACAUCUUUUCCUUCCUGAUGUCAGCCAAAAUGGAAAGAACUGCUCUGUCCUAGUGGUUACUAAGGUGCUCGGCAAGUCUUCAUGCAAUGACAUGAAAGCAGAACCUGAAUGCAACCGAAUCUGCUUUUAAAAAGAUAUAACGGAUUCACUGAACACUUGUAGUUUUAUUGUCACUAACCCACCUUUAACAUAAAGGUGUCCCUCAGUUGCUACCUCCCCUCCCCUUGCCACUCAUCCCAAGCAUCUGAGAGGCUGCUGCGGAGAUGAUAGUGGCGACAUAGCAGGAGCAGGAAUGGGGAGUACUCCAUGUUCUGGUAAGGGGAGGGGGGUAGGAGGGUUUCAGGAGCUUGGCUGUAUGCCAUGGAAGGUCACCAAGCAAAAAGGAGAAGACGUCGGUGGACGUAGGUCCGAGUUGGAAGUCAGGCCGAAUAGUGGAACACCUCCCACCUCCUUGCAAACUCCUGUCAUCUAUCACGAAAAGCAACAUAAAGAGCUUUGCGCUCUGCACGCCCUUAACAAUGUCUUCCAGGACGGGACUGCUUUUAGCAGGGAUGCACUUCAGGAUAUUUACCAGAGGCUCUCCCCUAGCACUUUAGUUACGCCCCACAAGAAAAACAUGCUGGGUAAUGGCAACUAUGAUGUAAAUGUGAUCAUGGCUGCGCUGCAGACUCGUGGAUUUGAGGCUGUUUGGUGGGACAAGAGAAGGGACGUUGGCACCAUCGCAUUGGCGAAUGUCACCGGUUUCAUUUUAAAUGUGCCAUCUAAUCUGCGUUGGGGUCCUUUGCGCCUGCCACUCAAGCGGCAGCACUGGAUAGGCGUUAGAGAAGUAGGAGGAGUCUACUACAACCUGGACUCAAAACUACGCAGUCCUGAUGUCAUCGGAACAGAUGAUGAACUUAGGAAGUUCUUGCGUCACCAGCUUCGUGGGAAGAACUGUGAACUCCUAUUGGUUGUGCCGGAGGAGGUGGAGGUUCACCAGACGUGGAGGUCUGAUAACUGAACAUUUCACUGCACUUUUUUUCUCCACUUCAUACGCAGAAAGGAUACAAUCAGGCGUCCGUUUAAAAAGCAAAUGGAGUUGCACUCAGCCAGUCAUGAAAGCACACCGGUCAGACGUUGUUUACACAUGCAUACAGCUGGACUCUUGCCAUGGAGACUAACGCAGCAAAGGACAUACACAGGGAUAUCACAAGACUCUACACUACACUGAUCUCAGAUUUUCGUUCGGUUUUUGAGCGACUCUGAUGCAUUUUUUUAUACGUUGAUUAUUUCUUUUAUUUUGUACUGUUUCUGACUUGAAAGUGAGAGGUCAUUGAGAUAUUAGUGAUGUGUUCUCCCUGUGCAUCACCUUCAUUCUCUCUUUCCAUGUGUUUUCCUAGGCAUUCAUGUGAUGGUUUGAACCGUCUGUCACACAUCUAAGCCUCCUCUCUCACAUUACACAUAGUAAAAGGUAUUCCCUUGACCAACUGGACCUUUAACACAAGGGUGCAUAUGUACUUAAGUGCAUGUUCUUGAAGAUUAAGAGAAGGCAUAUAGAAGCCCCUGCUGGAUCAUGUCUUGGUGACAGAUGAGAUGCUCCCUGUGUAUUAUUACAGUAUAGCAUGGCACCGCAGUAAUUGGAUGUUUUUGCUAAUUCUUUAUAACCAAAUCGGUCACUUGUUACCUUCUUAAACAGUUACUCUCAAUAUUCUGAUUUGACUGUCAUGUUAUGCAAUUGAGGUUAGUGUUGCUGAAUCAUAGAUUAUAUGUAAGAACACGGUAAAAACAGAUGAGCAUUGGUGGUAAAUAAGAUGUUUAACUGCCAAAAGCUCUGUACUGUAAAAAUGAAAGGGUUGUAAAACUGAAAACAUAUUUCUUAUAGAAAAUGCUGAUGUGAGAGAGGAAAACUGAAACCGCAAAGGUUGCUGAAAGCUUACUGGUAGAGUAAGGACUCUUUAAAAAAGCUUUUUCGUCUUAGAUGGAGAUGGAUUGAUGGAUUCACAUGGCCUUAAAAUGUUUACAGAGGGAAGCAGAUCACACGUUCAAAGGGAAGUCUAAUAAUGCAUCUCAGGUUAUCUUCAGAUCCUUGAUUCGAGCAGAUUAUUAAUGUAAAAAACGCAGAUGCUAGAAUUUAAAAGUUACAUUCCACUUUCCAUACACAGGGUGCUUUGUAAAACAGAAACUGUAGAGAUGACUAGAUUCCUUUGCCAUGACAAUCUAAAUCCCCAUGUCCCUUUUUGCAGGGGGGUAUGGACAACAUGUGCUCAUGCCAUUUUUCCCAUCGUUCAAAUAAAAUGCUUAUGCUGGCACUUUAUGUAUGAUGUAAAAUGUGCUGUGACAUCAUUAAAAUUGUCUUUAUAUGUA